AUGGCAGCUAACGCAACCACGAACCCGUCUCAGCUCCUACCACUAGAGCUCAUGGACAAGUGUAUAAGAUCCAGAAUUCACAUUGUGAUGAAGAGUGAUAAAGAAAUUGUUGAUACACUUCUAGGAUUUGAUGACUUUGUCAAUAUGAUGUUGGAAGAUGUCACUGAGUUUGAAAUUACACCAGAAGGAAGAAGGAUUACAAAAUUAGAUCAGAUUUUACUAAAUGGAAAUAAUAUAACAAUGCUGGUUCCUGGAGGAGAAGAGCCUGAAGUAUGAAUGGAUUUCCUUAUACUAGAGUCUGGCUUUUUCUUAAACCUUUAAUGUCUAUAUUCUAUAAAAUGAAGUUUCCGUUAAAAGGAAAUACUUUGAAUAUAUACACCAUUUUUCUAA